GGUGAUCACUAACCCAGGGGGCUCCAGUGAUGUCGCUGAGGACGUUAGCGGAACGUUGACGUUAAAGACGUUGGAUUUCGUCACUUUCGAUAAGUCUGACGCCGUCUGCUCAAUGACGAGCGCUGACGGGGGACCCUUCGCCGUCACUGACGUCUUUCAGGCAACCAAAUCGUGAAGACGGCUUGAGCUCUGGACUUUGAGACAAAGGCGGCGCAUAAUCUUGACGUCAUGUGCACUGACGGCCUUCUUCAAACCACGAAUACUUACGUUGUCAAAGUCAAAAACGUCGGUCCAGAGAUAACGAGUUUGCCGACGGCGUCAACUCUGAACAAGUGGCAGACUGCGGAAAAGCAACUCAUGACGUUGACGUUAACGGAGGACGAGGUUGACUGCGUUCAGACGUCACCGACGUAUGACGAGUUUAACGUCAAAUACGAGCCCACCACAGAGGUAUGGGUGAUCUACUACGUCAGCGAGGCGGUGGCGGGGCGGUCGCUUAGCUACGACACCAACCCCUUCUACAACCUGCACAUUCAGUGCAGCGACGCCGCGGGGGUCAAAGGGGCGGAGAAGAUUUUCACCGUCCAUAUUAACGAUAACAAAGCGCCGACGAUCGACAACCUUAGCAGGUCCCCCAUCACGAAACUUAGCCUCGUCGCUAAAGACUUCAGCGCUACCGACGACGUGUUUACCGCAACCGGAAGUGACGUGGAAAACGAUAACGUCAUCUACAGUAUGCUGUCCUGUACCCCGAACGCCACGUGCCCGUACAUAAUGUCUCCGAAUGGAGAUAUAGUAUCGAAUGCGGACCUUCAUUCGUACCCUAACAACUCGUUCCAACUCUCAGUGGUAGCCACGGACAAGUAUAACAAGAAUCCGACACCGUACACCGUCAUUGUGGAAAUAACUGAUAUAAACACUGUGCCAAAGCUGACGAACGUUCCGAAAAUCAACGUUUUAGCCGUCUACGAAAACAACGCCACCGGUGACGUAUGACGUACAUCACAAGGACCCGGAUGUUGGUGACGUAAUAAAAUACUUUUGCAACUUCAUCGACGGUGGCGCAGAUUAUUUCACAUGCGAUUCUGCAACGGUUGAAAUUCGCGCCAAGUCCGUGGUAAACUUCGAGAAGGUCAACAAACUUUCGUACGAGGUCGAGAUUCACGCCUACGACUGUAACAGCAAUUCUACGACCGAGACUUUGACGCUGCUCAUAAGUGACGUCAACGAGAAACCGGAAUUCACAACUACGACGUGGACGAUAACGAAAAACGAAGAAGGCAUGG